AUGGAGGGCGAGAUGGAUGUCGAUGCGCCUGAACAACGGGGCACAAAGCGCCCAGUAGACGAAACAAAUCUGUCUGGGCCUCCUAAACCGAAGCGAAUCAAGGCCCUCGAUCCCGAUGUGGUCAACAAAAUUGCAGCUGGAGAGAUUAUUGUUGCGCCCAUGCAUGCACUGAAGGAGCUGAUUGAAAACUCUGUUGAUGCGGGAUCUACGUCGAUCGAGGUUCUCGUAAAGGAUGGUGGGCUGAAGCUUCUCCAAAUUACGGAUAAUGGACACGGCAUUGAUCGUGAUGACCUUCCUAUCCUCUGCGAGCGAUUUACGACGUCCAAACUUAAGGAAUUCGAGGACCUCACAUCUAUCGGGACAUACGGUUUUCGUGGCGAAGCGCUGGCAAGCAUCAGUCAUAUUGCCCACUUGACGGUCACAACAAAGACGGCCGGCUCGAGCUGUGCCUGGAGAGCCCAUUAUGGCGAUGGCAAGCUGGUCCCGGCGAAACCAGGCCAGCCUGCUGCACCGAAAGCUACUGCUGGACGUGGAGGGACACAAAUAACCGUGGAAGAUCUAUUCUACAAUGUCCCUACUCGCCGUCGCGCCUUUCGCUCGGCAAGUGAAGAAUAUGCCAAAAUCCUGGACGUCGUGGGUAGAUAUGCGGUCCAUUGCGCUGGUGUCGCGUUCUCGUGCCGUAAGCAUGGCGAUUCAGGGGUCAGCGUCUCGACUCCGUCAAGUGCCAAUACAAUUGACCGGAUUCGCCAAAUCCAUGGUAGCGCGGUCGCCAACGAGUUGGUCGACUUCAAGAGCUCUGAUGAUAAACUUGGCUUUCGUGCCUCGGGUCUGGCAACAAACGCCAACUAUCAUGUCAAAAAGACCACAAUCCUGCUCUUCAUUAACCACCGUGCGGUUGAAUCGACUGCUAUCAAACGAGCCGUGGAACAAACAUACUCCGCCUUCCUGCCCAAAGGCGGCCAUCCGUUCAUCUAUCUCGACCUUGAGAUCGAGCCCAACCGAGUGGAUGUCAAUGUUCACCCGACGAAGAGGGAGGUCAACUUUUUGAACGAAGAUGAGAUCAUCGAGAUGGUCUGCGACGAGAUCAGAUCUAAGCUAGCUCAAGUUGACUCUAGUCGUACCUUCCUCACGCAAAGUCUUCUUCCGGGCGUACAAACCAUCGAAACCCUUCAACCAUCAUCCAAAGAUGGCGCCACAGACGGGAAAGGAGCAGCUACCCCCAAGACCCCUGCACCAACCAAGCGCCCAUACGAAAACAAUCUGGUUCGAACGGACUCCAAAAUCCGCAAAAUCACCUCUAUGCUCACUCCCGCCCCCAUCCACUCUCCCUCUGGCCCGGGUAUUCCUGCUGAACCUGGCCUCCCACCGCCUCCCAUACAAGAUGAUGGGCUGCAGUACGAAAUCACAGAUCGCCAGCCACUCCGCAUCGCCCUAACAUCCAUUAAAAAUCUCCGCAGCGCCGUGCGCGCCGACAUGCAUAACACAUUAACUGAAAUGUUUGCAUCACAUACAUACGUCGGCCUGGUGGACGAGCGACGCCGGCUCGUCGCCAUCCAGUCCGGCGUGAAACUCUACCUGGUAGACUACGGGCUCGCCUGCAAUGAGUUCUUCUAUCAAGUCGGACUAACAGAUUUUGGAAACUUUGGCGUGAUCAAGCUAGAUCCACCGCCCAAGCUGGUCGAUCUACUCCAAAUUGCAGUCGACGCUGAAAAAGAGGAACAAGCGGAUGGGAAUAACCCGGAAGCAGCGAGCAUUCUGGCUAAUGCCGCGGAGCUAAUCUCUCGUACCCUGAUCGAGCGACGAGAGAUGCUUGAUGAGUACUUUUCGAUGAAGGUCAGUGAAGAGGGAGAGCUGCUUACGCUCCCGCUACUAUUGAAGGGCUAUGUGCCAGCGCUGGCGAAGCUUCCGCGCUUCCUCCUCCGUUUGGGCCCGUAUGUGGACUGGACAGGUGAGGAGGAGUGUUUUCGCACGUUUAUGCGCGAGCUGGCUGCCUUUUAUACACCGGAGCAACUCCCCGUUCUCCCGUCGCCACCAUCAAACGAUCGGCUGGCCAGUCUGACUACCGAGACGGGGCAAGAGGGACCCCCACCUAAUGAAGAGGGUUCAGCUGUAGGGAAUGAGGAUCCAUUGAUCCAGGCACGCCGUGCGCAGAUGAUGAGAAUGUUGGAGUAUGCUGUAUUCCCGGCUAUACGAUCACGACUGGUUGCUACAUCACGGAUGCUGAAGGGAGUAGUGGAGGUUGCCGAUCUGAAGGGUCUUUAUAGGGUCUUUGAGCGAUGUUGA